AUGAAUCUCCUCAGUUCAAUCCUUCCAAUUAUCGUCCUCUUCGCCCUUUUCUCUCCGGCGAAACCUGACGCCGCCUUAAUCGCCAACCUCUGCUGCAAGACAGAGCAGCCAAAGAUCUGUUCCGAUUGCCUCAAUUCCGGCUCCGGAAGUCAGACCGCCGAUGGCCUUGGACUCGCACUCAUCGCCAUUGGAUGUGCCGAGAAAAAUACCAAAUUAAUGGCGCAGAGGCUCGGCGGCCUUGUCCGUUCUACACCGGAUUCCACAUUGAAGACGCUUUUGAAUGAUUGCUGGUUGUCGACGGGUUCUGCCGCUGGCAAUUUUCCGGGAAUCGCAAGAUCCGUCGCGGCGGGAGACUAUGCUGGCGGUAGAAACGUUUUGGAGAUUACGAUUAGGAAUGCGAAUAGCUGUUUGGAUAACUUCAAUAAAAACCCUAGCGUUCCGGUGCCGUCGGAGGUUUUGGCGGGGACGGUGGCCGCCGCCCAAGAUUGCCGGAUUAUUUCUGAGAUUUUGAAUAAUAUUUGA